UCCUUUCUUUGAAGAAGUACAUAGGCAUGGCUCUAAUCAGUAAGCUCCACUUGAGAGUUUUAGUCUUAUUCAUUUGGCUAUUUGUCUCUGCACUUGGACAGAACCUGCUAAGUUGUGACAUUACAUCUCCAGAUGCUUCUGGCUACCACUGCAAUAUUGGAAAUGCCUCACAGGUUCAGUGUGAGACAUUUGUAAUUCUUCGCACCAAUUCCUACUUCUCAUCUCUUUCCAACCUGAGCUUUUACUUGGGCAUCAGUCGUUUCGUGAUUGCAGAAGCUAAUAAAUUUUCUGCAGAGACAGAAUACCUUCCAAAAGAUCAGUCUUUGUUGAUUCCAAUUGAUUGUAAGUGCAAAGGUGGUUUCUUUCAGGCUGAAGUAACAAAAACAACCACAAAGGGAGAGAGCUUUUAUGGUAUUGCUGAAUCUUUGGAGGGCUUGACAACCUGCAAAGCCAUCCAAGAGAAGAACCCUGGAGUGUCACCAUGGAGUCUUGGUGAUAAAGUUCAGUUACUGAUCCCAUUGAGAUGUGCCUGUCCUUCUUCAUCUGAAGCAAGUCCAAAGACGAGGCUAUUGCUGUCUUAUCCGGUAAUUGCAGGUGAUACAAUUUAUAACUUGGCCAUUAAGUUCAAUACUACUCCAGAAGCUAUUAUAUUUGCAAACAACAAAUCUUUACAGACCUUUAGACCUCAAAGCCUAAUACCUCUUACAUCUCUUCUGAUUCCAAUCAAUGGUGAGCCAGAGCCUGUUCUUGGUCCUCUUGCAAAACCUCGAGAACCCAAUUUACAUUUUCCAGCAACUAGCAUCCCAGUAAUUAGUCCCCACAAGAAAAAGUCCAAAAUGAGGAAGAUUGUUUUAUAUAUUGCACUCAGUGGGGUUGUAGUUUGUGUGAGCAUUGGUAUUGCAGUAGCCUUUGUGGUGAUCCAACAGAAAAAGAAGAAGAAACAGAGUUCCUGCAAGGGAGUAGUAGAUGUGGAGUUGCAACAGCUUAGUCUCAGUGUAAGAACCACAAGUGAUAAGAAAGUCUCAUUUGAGGGGUCUCAGGAUCCUCUAGAUGGUAGGACCGUAGAUGCUACAUCACGUAAGAUGCUAAUCGAGACUUAUACUGUUGAGGAACUGAGAAAAGCAACUGAAGACUUCAAUUCAAGUAAUCAGAUUGAGGGAUCUGUGUAUCAUGGUCGUCUCAAUGGGAAGAACCUGGCAAUAAAGCAAACGCAACCAGAUACAAUCUCAAAGAUUGAGCUUGGACUCUUCCAUGAUGCAAUUCACAAUCACCCCAACAUACUUAGGCUACUGGGGACAUGUUGGAGUGAGGGUCCUGAUUCUGAUUCGUUUUUGGUCUUUGAGUAUGCCAAAAAUGGGUCCUUGAAAGAUUGGCUUCACGGUGGUUUGGCAAUGAAAAACCAAUUCAUUGCUUCUUGUUAUUGUUUCUUGACAUGGAGUCAGCGGCUGAGAAUCUGUCUUGACAUAGCCAUGGCCUUACACUACAUGCACCACGUAAUGAACCCGAGCUAUGUUCACAGAAAUGUUAAGAGUCGGAACAUUUUCUUAGACGAAGACUUCAAUGCCAAAAUUGGGAACUUUGGCAUGGCAAGUUGCAUUGAAGAAGAUAUUGGAGACCCUCAAUUUUAUUCAACCAAUCCAGCCUCUUGGAGUCUAGGCUAUUUGGCCCCUGAAUAUGUUCACCAAGGUGUAAUUUCUCCAAGCAUUGAUAUUUUUGCUUAUGGGGUGGUUUUACUAGAGGUUUUAUCAGGUCAAACGCCAAUAACAAGGCCAGAUGAUAAGGGAGAAGGGAGUAUAUGGCUCUCAGAGAAAAUCAAGUGCAUAUUGCAGUCAGAAGAUGCAGAUGAGCUAAGGGAAUGGAUGGACAAUGCAUUGGGAGAGAAUUAUUCAUUUGAAGCAGCUGUGACAUUGGCCAAUCUUGCAAGAGCUUGUGUAGAAGAAGACCCUUCUUUGAGACCAAGUGCUGGAGAAGCUGUGGAAAAAUUAUCAAGAUUGGUGGAAGAAUUACCAGAAGGAGAGAAUAUGUUAAUGUGUGAAAGCUCUUCCAAGCCUUUAGUAAAGGCAUCAGCAAACCAUAUGUGAAUAAUCAUCAUCCAGUGAAGUUAGUCCAACCAAUUUAAAACCAGUUACUCUACUCCUAGUGUUUUGUUUAAAUGUUUUUACUUUUAAGGUUUGAGACCACUUGACAAGGUCAGUGGAAUCCUGUAUAUAUGUC